AUGAAGGAAGCAUACAUGUCCCCGUCGCAGAAGACGCGCUACUUUAAAACAGGCGCCAUUCUCUUCUUCUUUGUCUGCAUCUUCUACUGGUUCUCCCCUGCCGGCGUAUCGAUUCAGCGCGAAAGCGUCAAGAGCACAAACGGUAACAUCCAGGUUGGCUCCGAUACCGUCCAUGCACCUGCCAAGUGCACCAAGUCCUACUCGCGCGACAAGCCCAUCAUUCAGUAUGUCUUGAUGGUCGAUGCCGGCAGUACCGGCUCCCGUAUCCAUGUCUACAAGUUCAACAAUUGCGGCCCUACACCUGAGCUUGAAAGCGAAGACUUCAUGAUGAACGAUAAGAAGAUUGGUGGUCUGAGCGCAUACCCCGACGACCCUGUUGGCGCUGCUAAGACCCUUGACCCUCUUCUUGCCCUCGCCAUGGACAAAGUCCCUGAGAAGCUGAGGGGCUGCACACCGAUUGCCGUCAAGGCUACAGCUGGCCUGCGCAAGGUUGGCAAGGAAAAGGCUGAUGCAAUCCUUGCUCAGGUUCGAACCUAUCUCGAGACUGCCUACCCUUUCCCUCUCGUUUCCGAUGAAAAGGGUGGUGUGCAAGUCAUGGACGGCUCCGACGAAGGUGUAUACGCCUGGAUCACCACUAACUAUCUCCUUGGCAACAUUGGCUCUUCCGAAAAGUCUGAGACUGCUGCCAUUUUCGAUCUUGGUGGCGGUUCUACCCAAAUCGUUUUUGAGCCCACCUUUAAGAGCGUCGGUGGUGCUGUCCCUGAGAGGCUCCAGGAAGGUGACAACAAGUUUAGCCUCGCCUUUGGAGGCCGCAAGUUUGAACUGUACCAGCACUCCCAUCUCGGUUACGGCCUCAUGGCCGCUCGUGAAGGUAUUCACAACAAGUUUGUUUCCGACCUUGCGGAGUCUCAAAAGGGCUCAAGCUGGAUGGACAAGCCUGUCGUUCACCCUUGCAUCGCCCCUGGUAUGUCCAAGAAGGUUAACGUGACAAUCUCCAACAAGCAGUACGAACUGCAAUUCGAUGGCCCCAAGGAGCCAGCUCCAGCCCAAUGCCGUAACAUUGCUGAGCAGUACCUCAACAAGACCGACUGCGCUCACAGCUCUUGCUCCUUCAACGGCAUCUACCAACCCCUUCUGACCAAGACCUUUGCCAACGCCCCCUUGUACAUCUUUUCCUUCUUCUAUGAUCGUACCAAGAUUCUUGGCAUGCCCGAUUCCUUCACCCUGCGCGAGCUCCACGACCUUACCCAGACUGUUUGCAAGGGUAAGAGCGCUUGGGGAGUCUUUGGCAGUUUCAAGGACGCCGUUGCUGAGCUCGAAGAUCGCCCGGAUCACUGCCUCGAUCUGAACUUCAUGAUGGCCCUGCUGCACACCGGAUACGAUAUGCCCAUCGACCGUGAGGUCAGAAUCGCCAAGAAGAUCAAGGGCAAUGAGUUGGGUUGGUGCCUCGGCGCCAGCUUGCCGCUUCUUGAACCCAACUCUGGCUGGAAGUGCAAGGCUAGAUAA